UCAAUAUAAGUGAGUUAAAAAGGUAUAAGCUGGGUUACACUAAUUUUUAUACCAUAUUUGAUACAAGGUAUAAAUUUAUCCAAUCGACCCCGAGUAGACAAUAGGUGACUGGUCCGAUUUGGCGGAUGUACCCGAAUCCCCAUACGGAUAUUCUCAUUUUGGCCCCUUCUGAAAUAGCAAUAUUAAUUCUGUGAUCCUCGAGUUUCUCGGAAUACCAAAACUGAACAAAUUUUCUCAGAUCCUUCAUCUUCUUACUCCCCAACUCAACUGUCUCACGUUACCUCUCACUCUCUGUUUCAGGAAGCACAGAAGGAAUUCUCUUGCCAAUCAUGGACUAUGCCGGUAUAUGAGGGAGCAAAACAAAAGCCACUAAUGUUGACAUCGCUUUUGCUAGCUGAAAGCCUCGAGUUUAUCGAGGUUAAUGUUUUUGAAAUUGAGAUGGGUAGUCCACAAAUAUGUACAAGAUCCAAAUACCUGAUAACCUAGUGCAGGAAACGGAGACGGAAUUCGAUUGCUCUUGCCAGCAGAUACCAGCAAUUGUGGAUGAUACUGUGAUUCGAGAGAGCAAAUAAGAUCCACUAACAGACAUUAUUUUGCCUGCUGAAAGCAGUGAGUUUAACGAGGUUAAUUUUGCAAUUGAGACGAGGAGUCAACAUAUAUAUUCUAGACCAAGAGUGCUAAUAACCUAUUGCAGAAAGCAGAAAAGAAAUUCUAUAUGCUCCUGCAAACAUUACACAAGCAAUUUUGGAGGAUAUUGUGAUUCAGGAGAGAAAAACAAAGUCCACUAACAUAGACAUCACUUUGCUUGCUGAAAGCACUGAGUUCAUUGGGUUAAUGAUUUUGCAAUUGAGACAAGGAGUCCAAGAUGUAUCCAAGACCAAGAGUGCUAAUAACAUAUUGCAGGAAGAGGAGAAGGAAUUCUAUUGCUCUUGCAAGCAGUAUACCAGCAAUUGAGGAAGACGAUGUGAUUCGAGAGAGCAAAACAAAAUCUAUGAACAUAGACAUCACUUUGCCUGCUGAAAGCACUGAGUGUAUGCAGUUUAAUGAUUUUGCAAUUGAGACGAGGAGUCGACAGAUGUAUCCAAGGCCAAGAGUGCUAAUAACAUAUUGCAGGAAGAGGAGAAGGAAUUCUGUUGCUCUUGCAAGUAGUAAACCGGCAAUCGUGGAGGAUGCCGUGAUUCAAGAGAGCAAAACAAAAUCCGCUAACAUGGACGUCACUUUGCCUGCUGAAAGCAGUGAGUUUAAUGAGGUUAAUGAUGUUGCCAUUGUUACAAGGAGUCAACAGGUACAUCCAAGACCGAGGGUACUAAUAACCUAUUGCAGAAAGAGGAGAAAGAAUUCCAGCAUUCUUGGAAACAGUUUACCAGCAUUCGUGGAGAAUGUUGGCUACUUUGUUGUGAUUGAAGAGAGCAAAACACAAGUCUCUAACUCAGGCCCAUUGUCUUUAUCAUGCUGCUCUGAAAUCUUGCAUGAAGAAGUCAUAACCAGAGAUGGUACCACGAUGAUGGGAGUGCAGCAGAUUUUCGUGAAUACAGCCGGUGAAAGUUCAUCUGCUGAGCAUCAGAAUGAAAAGAAAAUACUUGCAAUGGAUAAUUCAACAGAAAACAGUAAUAGUUCUGUAUGCGAUACCAUCAAGAAUGUGGCAACUCAUGCGGAAUUCGCUAAAGAUGGUCAUGCAAGGGCUUGCACUUUUGGGUCUACAACCAAUGAACAUUUGGAUGGGGAAAGACAAUCUAUAGCUGAAAGUUAUUCUUCUCCCUCAAGAAUGUGUACUUUCAUAGAUGAGAAGACUGAAAUCACAAAUGUCGAGACCGUCCCUCCAUUGAGUAGAGCACUUAAUGGACGUUCAAAUAAAAAGCUUCUAGUACUUGAUCUGAAUGGACUCCUUGCUGAUAUUGUUCCGCUUCAACAUGUGCUGUAUGGUUUCAAAGUGGACACCAUUGUUUCUGGGAAAGCAGUUUUCAAAAGGCCUUUCCAUGACGAUUUUCUGCAGUUUUGCUUCGAGAAAUUUAAUGUAGGUGUUUGGUCAUCGAGAAUCAGGAAGAAUGUGGAUUUGGUUCUUGAUUUUCUAUUGGGGAAUGCCAAGGAAAAAUUGCUCUUCUGCUGGGAUCAAUCCCACUGCACUGAUACUGGUUUCCCUGUUGUUGGUAAGAAGAGAAACAAGCCUAUUAUUUUGAAGAAGCUUACAAAAUUAUGGGAGAAGUUUGAACCAGAUCUUCCAUGGGAGAGGGGUGAAUAUGAUGAGUCAAACACCCUUUUGUUGGACGAUUCUCCUCACAAGGCCUUGUGUAAUCCACCAAACACAGCAGUAUUUCCAAAUACAUACAUCUACACAGAUAAGAAAGAUGACUCAUUAGGGCCAGAGGGUGAUCUGCGCGUUUAUCUUGAAGGACUGUCCAUGGCCAAUAAUGUUCAGGAGUAUGUAGAGAGUAAUCCAUUUGGUCAACGACCAAUCACUCAAAAGAAUGUAUCUUGGCGUUACUAUUGCAAGGUUAUUGAAGCCGCUACAUGCAAUUCAGAGCAUAGUGCUAACAGAUUCUCAGCUUACCAAUACUGAUGCAACACUUAUUUUGCAAACUAUUUUUUGUCUUACUAAUAGUUGUCCCAAUCUUUUGGAUAGCUGUAGCUGGGAUGCCAGUUUGGUUGGGAUUUGAUAUUUUUGCUUUUGGCUGCAAGCAUUACACCCAGGGGGCACAUCAACUGAAAAGCUUUUUUGGUACGGUUAGUGGAUAUAAUAGUAGCUUCAUCCCUGACCCAAAACUGUAAACCCAGCUAAAUAUAUUCUACUAGCAAGUAGUAACCAAGGCAAGUUAAUGUUGUAUUACUGUCUAAGAACGAAGAAUUAUGGUUAGUCUCGGGGCUCACAAGUGCACAAUUGUUUUGUUGUAUUUUUUGGACAGAGUUACUUCAUUGCCUCUUUUUCCCAGAUGAAUGAAUAUUACAUUUCUUUUGAGUGCC